AUGACAAGAACGAAUUUAUUCACAUUUGGUGUCCCCAAGAUUAUAUUCUAUAUUGGGUUAUUAUGUGGAUGUAUAUUAAAUGAAACAGUAACAGAUGAAACAAUUUACAAUUAUGAAAUACCAAUCAAACCAAGAAUAUCUCAUCGACAGAAGCAGUUGCUAAAGUCAGUCCAUGUGCCAGAGAUUAGUUUUGAAGUUUAUGGAGAAUUUCCAACAAUUAAGCACUUUGAUUUAUUUGAAGAUGAGAUAACUUCCAAAUAUCAAAAAAUGUCACGAUUUCUAAAUUUACGAAAAAAGCGUGACUUACAAAACUCAGAGGAAACUUUUUUAAGUGAUAAACAUUCAGUUUUGAUUAAAAGUAGAAUUCAUUCUCCAUUGAAGAAUUGGGAUGAUAAAUUAACUGAUCCACAAUCUAAAAUAUACAAACUGUUAUCAACUAGUUAUUGUGAAUUUUUACUACAAAGUUUUCGGCAUGCGAAUACAAGUCAAUUUAAACAACCAAAAUGUACGUUUAUAGAAUUCACAAAAGGUUCUAUUAUACUCAACGCAAUACUAACAUUUAACAAAGCGAAUUAUUCACUAUUAUCUUCACAAGAUCUAUCAAAUUUAUUGAUAAAAGGCAGUGAAGAAUUAAUCAAUUCCAUAAUUAAUGAUAAAAAUUUUUCUCUAGGAUUUAAUUUUAAUGGAGAUUUUUCAUUAAGAUUGAAUUUUAGCAGUGAUUUUAUGGAUACAGAACAAUCAUUGGCAUCAGCAUUAUCUUAUGGUGAAACCAUAGAUACAACAACAUAUAGUGUAGCUUUGAAUUUUACAAUUCAAGGAACUAAUAGUUCACUAACAUGGGAUGAUGAUCUACUGAACACCACUUCAACCACUUAUCAAGAACUAUCUCGAAAUGUUUGUGAACUACUUUUAGCAGCUAUGAGAUCAAUUUUAUCAUCUCUAUGGAUUGUUGAAUGUGGUACCAUAAAAUUCAGAAAAGGGUCCAUUGACGUUGAUGCUGAGCUUAUUUUAAUAGCGAAUUCAUCAUCAUUUGUUACAACACUUGAACCUACAUCAACUGUGUUAAAUGAUACUAAUAUAAUCAAAGGAAUAAAUGAGUAUGUUUCAACUGUGGAUCAAAAUAAUACAUUUGGAAUUUACAUUGAUCCAAAUUCAAGUAUCUCAUUAUCAUUGAUAACGAUAAGUAUGGAAUCAACAAUACCGUAUGACGAUCAGGUUAUAUCUGAUGUCAUAUCAUCUGAAACAUCUUCGUCUUCAGAUUUCCCAGUUAGUGUGUAUUCAACAAGUACAGGCGAUGUUUCUCCAUAUAAUUCAGAAGGCAACCUCACGAAAACAGUAGUAAUCGCAGUCUCAUCAAUGCUGACUAGAUUGAACAAGUCUUUGGAGUGGAAUGACAGUUUAUUGGAUCCUAGUUCCGAUUUAUAUCGAAAUUAUUCAGCUGAAAUUUGUAAUUUGCUUUUGGACAGCAUAUAUUCAACUUAUAUUGAGGGAAUAAUCAAUGUCAAUUGCACAGUUGUUGGCUUCUCGCGUGGAUCAGUUGUUGGAAAUGCAGUAUUAGUCAUCGACCAUAGUAGCACAAGUGGGAAUUUCUCAUCGACUGAAGUGACAAAAGACACUGUUCGAAAUGCUGUUGUGGCAUACAUAGCAGAAAUGGUUGCCAACGAUUCGGAGCAAGUGUACUUCGAUACAUCAAGUGGCUUGACAGUAGAAACUGUAAUCCAUGUGGCAACCACUGAGGUGAUCACUGAAUCUCAGAAUACCGAAGAUAACAAGACUACGGAGACAACUGAAUUAAGCAAAACGACUUUCAGUACGAAAAAUAUACUAGAACUAUCAAUGACAGUGGAGGUUUUAAUAGGAAAUCAACAAACAAAUUGGAAUUCCGAACUGUCUAACAAAUUUUCUGAACUUUACAACAGUACUGCUGAAAACACCUGUGCUUCGAUAAAAGCCAGCCCUCGAUAUAUUACAUCAAUACAAUACACCGUACGUACUUGUACUGUUCUUCGUUUUUAUCCGGGUUCUGUGAAAUCUGAUGUACAGAUAAUUGUAGAAUACAUAAAUGACCUCAAUGUGACUCAAACACAAAUUCUGCAAGCAAUUCAGUUGGGUUCGCAAUUAUAUGUAAUAGAUCUGUUAAAAAAUCAGUCAAUCGAUUCCAAUCGUAUAAUAUCACUUAAGUUAAUUAUGCAAAAAGAAACUUGUAGUACGAUCGCAUCAAAAUGUUCACCGCAUGCUCAAUGCAUCGAGAGGUCUGACGGUGCCGUUUGUGUAUGUAAUCCAAUGUGGAUAGAUUUAAACAUGCAACAGCCCGGAGAACAGUGUAUAAUAAGUCCAACUGUAAUAGCGCUAAUUGUUAUUGGAACAAUCCUAAUCAUAAUAAUAUUUGCCGCAGGAAUAUACUUUGCUCUUCGUACAGGCAGAAAUGGUCAACGUUUUAUACAUUCAUUUGCUUAG